AUGGCCGGCUUGGCCAACUCGCGACACGCGCCGUCAUGGCAUCGCCCAACAAGGAACAGCACCCCGUCCCUCCUGUCACCGAAUUUGACGGUGCCCCCGGCCCCGGUCGGCCAUGUCGACAACGGACACAUCCCCCAUCCGCCCUACGCAGACGACACCCCGCAACGACCUCCCGCCUCGGCCCCGCACGAACUCGCCCGCUACAAAAAGAUCAUCCGCCGCCUGCAGUGGAAGCUACCUUUUCUCGCCCAGGGCUACCGCCUUGCCGUCGACCGCGUGGGCGCCGACCUGGCCGUCGUCUACGAGGCAGAGCUGAUGUUUAAGCUCGACUUCUUCGAGUACUACAUGCUGAUCGAGCGGGCACUGGUGCACUUGCUGGGCGUAUUCGGCGUCGAAAUACCGCGGGGCUAUACCACUACAACGACGACACGCCCGCAUGCUGACACGCACGUGAAGAACAAGAAUGCUAAGGGCUUGGCGGGGAGUGUGUGGGCGGACGGGAAUGGGCAGAGGACGCACCGGUAUCAUGCCAAUGUACUGGCAGCACUGGAUCAGGAGGAGAACCCGCUGCAUGGGGUGCUGGGCACCGGUGAGGUGAGGGUGCAGUUGGGGAGGGCCAAAGAUCUGAGGAACCGUUGGAAGACGGCCGGGGACGAGCAUGAUCACCACCACAACCAUCAUCAUCAUGCUCGGGAAGGAAGUCCGACAAAACGACACGAGGGAGCCAUGCCUGAGAGGGAGUGGCGCACUAGGAAGGUUGCUGCGCCGCUGGACUCGUACAGACUGGAGCACAUGCUUGAGGUCAUUUUUCGAGGGUUUGACGAGGCGUUAAGCAUCGCCGAGGCGUACGUGAAGGUCGGGCCGCUGGAGUGGGGAGCCGAGCCCGAUGCGGAUAUGCUUGAGGUGGACUGGGCGGCUGCUGAGGAUGACGAGGACCAGUGGGACUUCAUGGUUGAGGCCAUGGACUGGGAGGCCGUAUAG